AUGCUUGUAUUAGCUUCAUACGAUCGCUACUGUUCAAGUUCUCAUCUAUAUCGACUUCGCUCAAUGAGUAAAAUACGAAAAGCGCGAUUUAUUAUUGUCACAAGUACAAUAAUAGGUAUUAUCAAUAUUUUACCAAUACUGGCUAUCUAUCACUGGGAAGAAACAUUGGAUAUAUGUCUUCAAUAUUCAAAUCUAUUAAUCAAUAUUUACAUUUCCAGUCAAAUUCUUCUUUAUUAUAUUUCAGCACCUAUACUAAUGAUUAUAUUCGGUCUACUAGCUAUAUGUAAUACUCGGAAGUCUAUCGUUCGUACAGGCAGUCAAUCAACUAAUAUACGUGGUCGUCGAACUCAAAAACAAUUAACUCAAAUGUUGCGUCUACAAAUGAAUAUUCAUCUUGUACUUACUGUUUCAUUCAGUGUAGUUUAUAGUAUGACUGCGUUGAGUCCAUCAACAAAAACUCCUAAUAUUAUAGCUGUGCGUUAUCUAUUGGCCGUAUGUAGGGAUGUGCAAUGUCAGUGUACUGACCACCGGCUUGCACCGACGGUGUGUCCAAUGGAGUACCGACCACACCGACACUGUUUCACUGUGUACACUAUCGGUGUAGUCGGUGAUCAGUUUUUCAGUAUUCACACCGACACUGCACAUCCCUAG